AUGCUGGAAGACCGUGCAGCAAGAAUUCAACAGCAAUCUGUAUCGCUUGAAGUCUGUAGCUUCUUCGAUAUGGGCAGGUCUCCAUGUUGUGACAAUAAUGGCUUGAAGAAGGGACCGUGGACACCCGAAGAGGACCAGAAGUUAGCUACGUAUAUCCAGAACUAUGGCCAUGGAACCUGGAGAAGUCCACAACCAAAUAGUCUGAUCCCAUCAUCUAUGUUGAUUCCAGGAGCAAGUAGUUUGCAGACCACAGACUUCUUAUUUCCAACAAUAAAUUCCGAUCUAGCACCAUCAGUAACAUUACCCCCUCAGAAUGAGAAUAUUAACAAUUUUGGCAAUAUGAACAGUUAUCAAAAAGAGGAUUCUGUUCCUGCAUUAUUCGAAGAUACGAAUACCCCUGAAACAUCUAUGAAUAUGGACCAAGCAAAUCAAUCAUCAAUGCAGUCAAUUGAUUCAUUUCAGAGUUGGCUAGAACUCGUGGAUCAAGAAGAUUUUUGGAAGGAGAUCCUGGCAUAA